AAUGAACUGGGAGCCUGUGGCUUGCAUAUUGUAUUUAAAGUAGAACGCUGCAUGAAAGACAGCAUCGUUUUUUAAAACAGGUCUCGAAGCGUAGCCAAUUGAAAAAGCCUGUUGUAGUACUGUGACACGCAGUUUACGGAGAUAGCCUUCAUAUAUUUCUCUCAAAUAGUAGGAGGGGCCACAUGACUGUUUCAGGAAAAUAUUUUAAAGCAUAGAUUGAAUAGAUGGGUUAUAACCGAGAUAAAACAGCUGUGGAUAAGUAAUUAAGGAUUCAGCUGACUUCUACAGGAAAAAUUGGGAAGGAAACUGAACUAUGCUAUGAAUAAAUGGCCGUGCUUGUGCAGUGGAACUACAAAAUAUAUAAUCUAACAGAGAAAAUCCACCUCUCAACUGCAGAAAGCAGUCAGGCAUUCAAGGUUGCACCAGCUGGCAGAUUAAAAAGAAGAAAACAGCAACUCUUCCAGCUUCUUAUUAUCAGGAAGAUCCAAACCAAUGGACUGUAUGGAUAUAGAUAUGUUUGAAGGCAUCUGCUCUUCCCAUUACAAGAAUCAUGAAUAAACUGGCAGACCAGCAGGACCACAUGAUACCAUGAAGAGAAGCUUACAGGUCCUCUAUUGCCAACUGUUUAGUGUUCUACUGAUCUUGGCACUGACGGAAGAGCUGGUGUUUUCUGUUCAGGUACUGUCUCCCACUGUGUCCUCCUCUCAGGGCUUCCCGAUGGACACUACCACUGUCACAGCCAUGGGAACAACACCUCGCCACAAAGACCGCCACGUGGCAGAGCCCCUUCCCACCUCCGCUCACACCAUUCCCCAUCCCGUCAGCCUGGCGGAGAAAGCCCCUUCCACCGGGCAGAAGCAAGCGAGCGGCCCUCGCGUCGGCGAAAAGGAAACGUAUCAUUUAUACAACCAGAGUGCUUUGUACUCGGGACAGACUCGCCCCAAGGGGAAAAUAUUCCAGGUUUUCAAAGGCAACUUCACAGAGUCCUCAGAGCCUUACCUAAAGACAACCCUGCACUCUCCCUUCCCUACCCUGAGGAGCCCUUUCACAGACCACACGUUUCAGUCCCAGACUGCAGCAUCCAGCGAUCCGAAUGGCACAGGGCUGGCAAGAACUACACACUCAGACCCUUCUGCCCACCGCAACGCCUCGGGAAGCCUUAGAGAAGCAGAGCGAGGGGACGGGGCCAAGCUAGUGGUGCAGGAGGCAGAUUUUGCCACCGCAACUGCUGGACCAUCAACUGAACCUGAAGCGGUGUCGGUGCCUUUUAAACCCACCCGCUACGGCGUAUGGGAUAUGCUGAGCAAAAACAACUCUUGGGUAACCUUGAAUCUCAGUACAAAUGUCCCUCUGUUUGCUGGCCCUGGAUCUGCAACAGCAGCAGCGGGUCACUCGGUUCAGACCAGUUUCAACGUCAGCAUCUCCUCCCCGGCAGCGGGAGACCCCGAGGGACCCGCUCCAACACAGCAUGGCGUGGUGACUAACGCGACCUCGCUGGGCAGUGCUCUCUCCGCAGCGCCUGCCACGAGGUUGUCCAGCUCCGUUUCCACAGCUGGCUCCACCGCCACUGGGAACUUCCUAAACAGACUGGUUCCUGCCAGCACCUGGAAACCCGGGGUGCAAGGAAACAUCUCCCAUGUCACUGAAGGGGACAAACCCCAGCACAGAGCAACCAUCUGUCUCAGCAAGAUGGACAUUGCCUGGAUCAUUCUGGCUAUCAGCGUACCUAUAUCCUCAUGUUCAGUUCUGCUGACAGUCUGCUGCAUGAGGAGGAAGAAAAAGACAUCUAAUCCAGAAAACAACCUGAGCUAUUGGAAUAAUGCUAUUACCAUGGACUACUUCAACAGGCAUGCUGUAGAGUUACCGAGGGAGAUCCAGUCCCUGGAGACUUCAGAGGAUCACCUCUCCGAGCCGCGCUCCCCUGCCAACGGCGACUACCGCGACAGCGGGAUGGUCCUCGUGAACCCCUUCUGUCAAGAAACACUAUUUGUAGGGCACGAGCAAGUCUCUGAAAUAUGACCCCACAGCUGCCCCCGUGUUGCAGUUUCAUCUCUACUGUCUCCAAAUUACAAAUAAAUAUAUAUAUAUUAUAAAUAUAACCUUUGUGUAACCCUGAAUUACAAGAAAUGUUUUCAGCUUUUCUUUUCUCCCUCAGAAUUGUCAGCCCCUUUUUUUAUAAGUGUGGUAAAACUUUACAGAACAAACUGUGGCUUUAUAAAAUAAAAGUAUU